UCAUUUGUUUCGACUGAAAUUGAUUCAUACUUGGGUGAAAGUUGUCCUUAAUAUUUCUAUUGCUCUGUAAGAAAUAUGGCGAAACGAGUAAAAUACGUUUUACGUUGUAAUUAUUGUGUUCGUGAAUAAUCGUAUUAAGACCCGUACAUUAAGAUUGUUGCUAUCCAGUUUUAAUGUUUGAACAAUUUAAGAAACAUUCAGUGACAUGGAAGAAAAAGAUGUAACAUUCAUUUUGCAACUUGGGUUGAUUCGUGAUUCUGUAACAUUGAAUGCAUCUUCUUUUACUUUAAGAACUUUAAAAGAAGCAGCAUGUGAUUUUAUAAACAUAAAAUGUCCUGAUCAUAGCCUUACUCGAUUAGCAGAGAGAAUUUUACUAUUCCGACAUAAUUAUUCAUGUGAUCAAAUUCUUGUACCUGUAAAUAAUGUUAUUGAUAUAAGUGAUGAAACUAUAAUUGAAAUAAUUCUUUCAGGUCAAUCAUUAUCUGAGGAGUAUGAGAGCUCAGUUAUUAAACCACAUUCUUUAACAGUACAUUCAUAUAAAACUCCAACAUUUUGUGAUUAUUGUGGUCAAAUGUUAUUUGGGAUAGUUCGUCAAGGUUUAAAAUGUUCAGGUUGUAAUUUAAAUUAUCACAAAAGAUGUGUUGUUAAAUUGCUCAAUGAUUGCGGAGGUGGUAGCAGACAUAAAAAUAGACAUAAAUCAAGUUCUUCUAAUUUGAGUGUUUCAACUCGUAGUCCAUCAAAUGUUUCAUUAAUAUCUGCAGUAUCAGAUGAAUCGGGAAUUAGUGGAAAUUUGUUGAAUGUACCCUUGAAGAGUAAAAGCCGAUCACCCUCUCCUGUCAAAAUACCACACACAUUUGUUGUGCAUUCAUAUACUAGGCCUACAAUUUGUCAACAUUGUAAAAAAUUGCUUAAAGGAAUUUAUAAACAAGGAGUGCAGUGCAAAGAUUGUCAUUAUAAUGUGCAUAAAAAGUGUAUGGACGAUGUACCAAAAGAUUGCAUUAGUGAUUAUCCAAUUGAUUUAAAUGAAAGCGGUGUAGGCAGUGAAUCUGAGCAUGAAGGGUCUGGCAGCAAAGGUGAAGACGAUAGCGAUGGUGAAAAUAAUACACCAUCACCUCCUUAUGUUGUUCCACCAAUGGUAACUAAUUCUCAGAAUGGACAAAAUUUGGAGACUGUAGGACAUUUUACAGAUAAUCAUACUCCUCAAGAUGAUUUAAAUUAUGUUGGUUCUACAUCUAGUAAUAAUAUUCCAUUGAUGCGAAUAGUUCAAUCUAUCAAACAUACUAAGAGACGAUGUGGUUCAAAAGUUAUUAAAGAGGGUUGGUUAGUUCAUUUUACUAACAAAGAUAAACAGAGAAAAAGCCAUUAUUGGAGAUUGGAUUCAAAAGCUAUUACACUAUUUAUAAAUGACAAAACAUCAAAGUAUUACAAAGAAAUUCCUUUAUCUGAAAUACUGUACAUUGAUAGUGCACUUGUUCCUCGAGCUCCUGGUCCAAUGCAUUGUUUUGAACUUAAAACUACUAACCUUGAAUAUUAUGUUGGUGGUGAAGAACAAAACUUAUCUGGAGGGACAAAUGUUGAAGAUAAUUGUAGUGAUACUUGGACCAAAGGAGAAAAAGACUGGGAGAGUAUAAUUCAACAGGCACUAAUGCCUGUACCAUCCAAUCCUACAAUGUCACGUUCAGUUAAUGAGACUAAUGAGCAACAACAAACUGUCACAGAUAUGAGUCAAUUGUAUCAAAUAUUCCCUGACGAAGUGUUGGGUUCUGGUCAAUUUGGUAUCGUAUAUGGAGGUAAACAUAGAAAAUCAGGUAAAACUGUUGCUAUUAAAGUAAUAGAUAAACUAAGGUUUCCUACUAAACAAGAAGCUGCUUUAAAAAAUGAAGUAGCCAUUCUUGGAAAAUUAGAACACCCUGGUGUGGUGAACCUUGAUUGUAUGUUUGAGACAACAGAACGUAUUUUUGUAGUCAUGGAAAAAUUAAGAGGAGAUAUGUUGGAAAUGAUAUUAUCUAGUGAACGCAGGCGAUUGUCAGAACGUAUUACUAAGUUUUUGAUUACCCAAAUAUUAAUAGCACUUAAACAUUUACAUAGCAAAAACAUAGUUCAUUGUGAUCUAAAACCAGAGAAUGUACUUCUUAGUUCAAAUUCUGAUUUUCCACAAGUCAAGUUAUGUGAUUUUGGAUUUGCUCGAAUAAUUGGUGAAAAAUCGUUUCGUCGAUCAGUAGUUGGAACCCCUGCUUAUCUUGCACCUGAAGUUUUAAGAAAUAAAGGGUAUAACAGAUCUUUAGAUAUGUGGAGUGUUGGAGUUAUAGUUUAUGUAAGCCUAAGUGGAACAUUUCCUUUUAAUGAAGAUGAAGACAUUAAUGAUCAGAUACAAAAUGCCGCCUUUAUGUAUCCAAGAAAUCCAUGGAAAGAAAUUUCACAUGAUGCUAUUGAUCUUAUAACUAAUUUGUUACAAGUAAAGCAAAGAAAACGAUUUACUGUUGACAAAUCAUUAGUACACGUGUGGUUGCAGGAUUAUCAAACGUGGUGUGAUUUAAGAGAACUCGAAAAAUCAACAGGAAAUGGAACUCGAUUUUUAACACAUGAAUCUGAUGAUGCCCGUUGGGAAUCAUUUCAAAGGCAUUCAAGAUUUUUAUGAAA